AUGUAUUUAAGAUGCAGCUGCAACAAUAGAGCAGACACUGUUCUAACACUCUUCAAGGAAGCUGUCACCCAAUACGGUCUACCAUCUCGUGUAAGAGCAGAUCAAGGUUGUGAGAAUGUUGAUGUGGCCUGGUUUAUGUUUACACAUCCAGACCGAGGCCCUAACAGGGGCAGUUUCAUUGCUGGUAAGAGCUGCCACAAUCAAAGAAUUGAAAGAUUCUGGAGAGAUCUCUUCCAAGGAUGCACCUAUAUUUAUUACAACCUGUUUUCAUACAUGGAACAUGAAGGGCUUCUUGAUACUACAAAUGAUUUGCACCUGUUUUCUUUGAGAUAUGUAUUUGAGCCUCGAAUAAAUGCUCAUCUGUUGGAAUUUGGUAAUGGAUGGAAUAACCACCCAUUGUCGAGUGAACAAAACAUGUCUCCAGCACAGCUAUGGUUGUGGGGUCACCACAGCAAUAGUUCAAGUCAUGAAAUCAGCGAGGUAAGCAAUAUGUAUGAUUUGUCAUAAACACUGAAUGGAGAAACAAACAAUUCAAAACACCAUGCCAUAUUUCUGUAAUCGUAACUCGUAUGUAAUGGUACGAAACAAUCCUGUUCUAGUGUCGACAUAUUUCCGUUCAAAUUCGACCAGUGUUCAAACGCGCAUGAAAAUUAAAUUCAGUUCAGCAGUCAUUGAACAUUCAAAGUCAUGCAUUGGCGAGCUAUGACCCGAAGUUUUUCAUUUUGUAUGUUGAACAGUGUUUGCCUUUUGGAAUGUUGCAAUAGCCUUGGAUCCCUGGUUCUACUUUUCACCGGGAGAAUAUUCAGCCUCUGCUCACUACCCCCAGCUGCUCAGUUAAACUUAACCUUUUCUGCAAAAACGGACCCAAGAAAAAAACCCUGAUGACAGUUUUAAAUACUGUAGGUUUUUUAGUUUCGUAAGUACUGUUUUACAGUUAAUGUACAUGUACCUGUAAAUGCAUAAUAACAUGCCUAUGAAAUUUGCAUGAAGAAUUUGCAACAGAUAGAUAUAAAUGAAAGCUGUCAUGAUAGAAAGCACAUAUGUGUACAUUUAGGCAGAGGCCUUGCAAUCAAGCAUAGACUGGGAUGGACCUUUACCAAGUCAGGAGUGGAGUGAAAACAUUGCAAGUGGGUCACAUAUUGAGGUUCCUCAAGUACACUUAGCCAUAUUGGAUGAUGAUUAUUUGCAACACAAUCCCUUAGCUGAAAGUCAGUCAUUUGGAUUGGACAUUUAUCUCAAUGUGGUAAUGAGCUUACAGCAAGCAAUAGAGUAA